CUGUCGCGUUCCCUCUCGGCUCAGCUCGUCGGUUCCUCGCUAGCAUCCGAUCCGCGGCCGGCAUGGCUCCUGAGGCGGCGGCGGCGGAGUGAGGAGCCUGCGGUGAUCGCUGCUCGUCUCCGGUAAACAAGGGUCGCUCCCGGCUGCUGCUGCGGGGAUCGAACCCACCGCGAGGCCUCUCCCUCUGCAGAGCUGUCACAGGCUGUGUGGGGGGACUUUGUUGUGCUUCUGCUUUCCGUGGAAAAAGAUGAACGAUGUAUGCCAUCUUCGUGUUGUGAGCUAGAGAUGAAGGGCACGAGGUGUCUCGCUUAUUUGUGUUGACAUCACGAGGCUAGCAUUAGCUACAACACAUUGACUCCUAGAGUCACCACAGCCUUGUUAUUACUGCCCUGUCACAUUAGCAGAGAGUGAAUAGCUAUGGCUGAGCAAGAGAUUUGUCCCCACCUGGACUCCAUAGGGGAGGUGACCAAAGACGACCUGCUCCAGAAGUCCAAGGGAACCUGCCAGUCGUGUGGAGCGGGUGGCCCGAACCUGUGGGCCUGUCUGCAGGAUGAUUGCCCUUACGUUGGUUGUGGAGAGUCCUACUCUGACCACAGCACCCUGCACGCACAGGCUAAACGGCACAAUCUGACGGUGAACCUGACCACGUUCAGAAUCUGGUGUUACGUUUGUGAGCGGGAGGUGUUUCUGGAGCACAGGCCCGCCCUGGUGCCCGCAGCCGCUGCUCCCCACCACUGCAAAGCCACGGAGCAGGUACGACUUCGCUCCAACAAGGAAGCAGCUCCUCAGCCAGUAGGUCACCCACUGAAAGCCGUUCCAAUCGCUGUGGCAGAAGACGAAGGUUCGGAGUCAGAUGAUGAUGACCUGAAACCGAGAGGCUUGACAGGAAUGAAAAAUAUUGGAAACUCUUGCUACAUGAAUGCAGCGCUCCAGGCCCUGUCCAACUGUCCUCCUCUCACUCAGUUCUUCCUGGACUGCAGUGGACUUGUCCGCACCGACAAGAAGCCUGCUCUCUGUAAGAGCUACCAGAAACUCAUCUCAGAGCUCUGGCAUAAAAAACGGCCCAGCUAUGUAGUCCCCACCAGUCUGUCUCAUGGCAUCAAACUCGUAAACCCCAUGUUUCGUGGUUACGCUCAGCAGGUAGGGGCAAGCACCCAGCAGGACACUCAGGAGUUCCUGCGCUGUCUGAUGGACCAGCUACACGAGGAGCUGAAGGAGCCGCUGACGGAGUGCAGCAUGAGCGGCGAAGAAUGCGACGGGGAGGACAGAAGAGACGGCACCUGCUCCCCGUCGGAGGAUGACUUCCUGUCUUGCGACUCUGGCUCCAGCAGCGACCGGGGGGAAGGAGGAGGCAACUGUGACGGCGAGCUCCUCGUGCAGGACGAGUGCGACGGGGUCAGGUUGCCGGUGGCUGGCGUCAGUCCCGGCGGGUCCAUCUCGGAGAAGGAGAGGCUGAAGGAACGAAGGGUGUCCGGCUCGUCCCUCCGUGGCGGCUCGCAGGAGAUGGACGAGGACGCUGAUGUGGAUACGGCGGCUGUGGAGGAGGUUCCUGAGACGGGGGAGGAAGAGGGGACGACGCCAACGCCAAGCGCCGAGGUUCAAAACCAAGAGAACAACCAGACAUUAAACACUCCGCAAGUGCAAGCCCCGAGCAGCAACACCUCAGAGCCAGACAAUGAAGCAUCCAUGGCCCAGCCACAGUCCACUCCCUGCAGUCCUGUGCGGACACUUCAGGAGCUGCACACCAAACUGUCCUCCAGUCCACCUCGCUCCAGCCCGCACCGCUCUGCAGGACCACUGUACUCGUUCAAAAAAGCUCAGCUGCUGCUCAGUGCCAGGAAGAAGAAACAGUCCCACUAUCGCAGUGUGAUCUCCGACAUCUUCGAUGGCUCUAUCCUCAGUCUGGUCCAGUGUUUAACCUGUGACAGGGUGUCUAACACAGUGGAAACCUUCCAAGACUUGUCCCUACCUAUUCCUGGGAAAGAGGAUUUGGCCAAACUCCACUCGUCCAUCCACCAAAACCUUCCAGUCAAGACGGGGGUGUGUCCAGACACCUAUGGCUCGCAGGGCUGGGUCACCUACAUCAUGGACUCCAUACGACGGUUUGUAGUCUCGUGUAUCCCCACUUGGUUCUGGGGGCCCAUGGUGACACUAGAGGACUGCCUCGCUGCCUUCUUUGCUGCAGACGAACUCAAAGGGGACAACAUGUACAGCUGUGAGAGGUGUAAAAAGUUGAGAAACGGUAUCAAAUAUUGCAAAGUGCUGCGACUUCCAGAGAUUCUGUGCAUUCACCUGAAACGCUUCCGACACGAGGUCAUGUACUCGUUCAAGAUCAACAGUCACGUGUCGUUCCCGUUGGAGGGGCUCGACAUGCAGCCCUUCCUGGCUAAAGAGAGUCCAUCUCAAGUCACCACUUACGAUCUGCUGUCAGUCAUUUGUCACCACGGCACGGCAGGAAGUGGACACUACAUAGCUUACUGUCAGAAUGUGAUUAAUGGACAGUGGUAUGAGUUUGACGAUCAGUAUGUCACAGAGGUCCAUGAGACGGUGGUGCAGAAUGCAGAGGCCUACGUGCUGUUCUACAGGAAGAGCAGCGAGGAGUCGGUGAGAGAGCGGCAGAAGGUGGUGGCUCUGGCCAACAUGAAGGAGCCCAGCCUGCUGCAGUUUUACAUCUCCAGAGAAUGGCUCAACAAGUUCAACACCUUUGCCGAACCAGGCCCCAUCAGCAACCACACAUUUCUCUGUCAGCAUGGCGGGAUCCCUCCUAAUAAAUACAACUACAUUGACGACCUGGUUGUGAUAGUUCCUCAGAAUGUGUGGGAGUACCUUUACAACAGUUUUGGAGGCGGCCCUGCAGUCAACCACCUGUACAUGUGUGCCAUCUGCCAGGUGGAGAUCGAAGCUCUGGCUAAACGCAGAAAAAUGGAAAUUGACACCUUCAUCAAGCUGAACAAAGAGUUCCAGGCCGAAGAGGCUCCGACAGUGAUCCUGUGUAUCAGCAUGCAGUGGUUUCGAGAGUGGGAGGGCUUUGUGAAGGGCAAAGACAAUGAGCCGCCUGGUCCCAUCGACAACAGUAAAAUCGGCGUCAUGAAGAGCGGACACAUACAACUAAAGCAAGGUGCAGACUAUGGUCAGAUCUCAGAGGGGACGUGGCAGUACUUGUUUGGUAUUUAUGGCGGCGGCCCUGAGAUCGCGGUGAGACAGACGGUGGCCCCUGCCGACCCCGAGAGCCUCCACGGCGAGAGGAAAAUCGAGGCAGAGACCAGAGCACUUUGAGAUAUAAAGAGAGGUCUUCUGAUUCCACGUUUCACUCCUGCCCUCACAAGACGCUGAGGAAUUUGCACCUUGGUGAAGAAGCCUUGCUGUGAGCACUUUGUAAAUGUAGCAACAUAUUACGCCGAGUCUGUGUGUCGCAGGGAGGUGGUAAAGGCACUUAACUAUCACAUAGUUUAUUUAUUGGACAACUCUGACCCUCGAUGUUAAAAAGGUGUAGUAAUAAUCGUAUCGGCAUCCCCGGCUGUGUGUGGUAGCUAUGGUGUUUCAGUGGCUGCUGUAUAGCGACUCUAGGCGUCAUACACUGCUCAGCUGGCGGUGGUGGGCCGACAGCCGCUGGCGUCGUGAGCCAGAACGACGAGGAGGACAGAGCCGCAGCGUGACGUUUGGUUUUCAUGACUUCUCCUCUAGUCGUCGGAAGCAGCAACAACCAGUAGACGUUAACAAGCUUUAUGUUGUUUGCCUGUUAACUAGUUGGAUAGGAACGUGGGAGAUAUUACAUAAAUCAUACUCUUGCACCUCCAACCUUAAGUAGACAAACACUGAGCGCUCAGGAAUGAAAGACUUCUGUUUGUUUCAGACAGUGAAAUGACCAGAUUAAUCGAGUCUUAAAGGUAAAAAAACACAGUGGGUUUGUUUGCAUGAAUGAAGUCUAAAAACACAUAUUUAGGGUAAUUUAUAUUUGAACAGCUUCAAAAUACAUGCAACUGCAAACUCCACUUUUUGGACCAGUAGGAUAUUUCAGUAACACCAGUGGUUUGGCAAGGACAAUGACAAAUUUAAUUGUUCAAAAGUAUGGAAAUAUUGACUAUUUCUAUUCAGUUUAUAUCAGUACUAUCCAGAAAUCAAACUGAGUAACUUGUAGAUAUCGUUUUAAACACUACAGUGGCGAAAUACCAAAUUUAUUAAAAGACUGAUUUAGAUUGCAGAAAGAAAAUGAUGUAUCUGUUGUAAUGACGAAGGAGUUUAAAGAGAACGCCUAUAACAGGCUUCUCUGAUAGUGAGUUUACACACUGAGGUUGUAGGAUUUAUUGCGGCGUGAAUAACAUAAUUAGAGGAUAUAAAUCUAAAUUGACCAGGAAUGCAGUGUCCAUUUAAACCAAGAGGGGGCAGUAUUUAAUGAGAUGAGAGAAAUAAUCUCACAAAAUAAUUAGCACAACAUGCACAAACUCAUACCUGUUAAGCGGUGAGGUAAUUUAUGGUACUAUUUUUUUUGUCAAAUAUAUUUAUUUAUUGUUGAAAAUAUAUUGUUUCCACUUCAUCACACGAAUGAAGCUGUUUCCUGUGGAAGGGGGUUGUUUACUAGAAGGUAUAUGCUUUGUAAAAUAUUUAUGCGUCUCCAAUUUAUCAUUGCUGAUGCUGCAUUUGACUAUUCCAUGUAAAAAUACACCUGUUUUCACUGUGUAACACACCAUGGUUUCCUUAUUUAAGAUUCUGUUGUAAAGACACAUCCAUCCAAAGAGCAAGUGAAGAAACGAGGGUCACAGAGCUCAGUUUCGAGGAAAUCUUAAACCUUUAAUGUUUCUUAUGUUAUGUGUUGUACAUUUUUACAUAAUUUGCAACAGUUCUAGCCUCUCCCAACAGUAACUGGCAGCAAUUAUGUUUUAAUCUGAAAUCUUUAUUCACUACACAUUGAGUAGAUUGUCUAAUCAGUACGAGAUUAUAUUCAAACUGGAGUAAAAUCUAGGAGAAAUGUUGAGUCCAUGUCAAGUUAAAUAAAACCUGGUCCUCCACUGUCUCACUGUAGAUAAAUCACAUGCUUGCCUUGUGAGCCAUGGAAAAUAAAAUCCAUCAAUCAUGUAGUCAGAUAAAACUUUGCCUUUCCAUGUUCCAUAUGUACUUAUAAAUAAGUACCAAUUUUGAAAGCUUAAACUAAAACAAAAACCUCUAGAUGUCAGAGAUCCAUUUGGACAAACGCUGCUAUUCAGAUAUUACCAGUCAAAAUUAACAAAAGACUAUUUGAUAUACACAAGUGAAAGAUGGGUAAAAACCUGCAGUUGUCAAUACAAUAUGACUAAAUAUGAGAAUUCACAUUGUACAGAACAGUACUUCAGCUGCCAUGCAGUAUUCACGUGAUACAGUGGUCAAUACAUUUCACUUUUUAUCUACUGAUUUUUUUUGCAGAAUAAGAAGAAAUAAAUCUGUAAUAUAACCUGAAAGAUAAAGAAUAUGAUGAAGUAAAAACUGAUGAUCUGCAGUACAGUCACACUACUUUGGAACACAGUGCCUUCAAGCCCUUCCACACCCACAAUGCACCUGCACAGGUCUUUGUGACUUCAUAUGAAUUCCCUACAUAGCUCUGCUCGGCUUCAGCCUGAGCGUGGCUCAUAAAGUGAAAACAUCUGUUUGCGUUCAGAAGCCUCAAUAAAACUUCAUCCACCUUCACACAAGAAAGUACAGAAGUGCAUUGCAUUCACAAAAGAAAUAAAAAAGUCUCUCAUAAUUGUGGGUUAGUAAGUCAAGUUAUGACUAAGCUAUCUUGUAAUUAUUAGGAAAGAUGUCAUACAUUUCCAAACUUGUAAUUUGUGUUCAUCAGUUGGCAGGAGUUGGCUUCAGGACUUGUAAAUUGUGUUAGAUAAGGAAGCGAAUUGCUAUUUAAUCUGGUUUAAAUCAAAAAACACAAUUAUUAUUUCAAUUUUGACCCAUUUGUCUUAAUAACGAGACCAGUUUCUUGUAAUUUUGGAAUCUUUUCUUGUAUUUUGGGUGGGCCAAAAUACCCUUUUCAUUCCCUGUCAUCUUAAGAUGUUUAUACGCUGUCGCACAAAGAAACAGAUAAGAUACUCAAUGCCGGUACCAUGUUUGGUAAAUCUGAAGCUGGAGCCAGGAACCAGUUAACCGAGCAUAGUGUAAACAGGGAAACUGCAAACCUGGUUCUCUCCAAAGCUGAGAGACCUAUUUUUGUUUCUGUCUAUAAAAACCAAAGUGUGGAAACUAUUUGAAAGAGUCGUGCUAGCUGUUUCCCUUUGUUUACAGCAUUUAUGCUAAGCUAAUCAACUUUAGUUCCACAUUUACUACUACAUGUUCAAGAAGUACUGAUCCUCUCAUCUAACUCUGGAGGAAACUAUAGAAGAGACUACUAAUCUUUUUAAAAUACUGGGUAUAUAUCUGUCAUUGCCAAUCAAGUUCUCUUUGGAGCCCCACCUAUGCUAGGGACCAAAACUUUGUCACAAACUGGACAAAAAAUACCUUAUUCCCAUGGGCCUUAAAAGCCCAAAGAAUCAAUGUUGUUUAAAUGUAAUUUAUCACCUGUAGUAAUUUGAUUUUCUGCAAUUUUGUUUGGGAAUAUUCACCAAUAAAGCACAAUAUUUUUUGACAUGUAAGAUCCAUUUGUUUCUCAGUGGCUUCUAUUUGCCCCGUGGCCCCAAGAGGGUAAAUCCAUCCAUACCAGAGCGGAAAAUCUAAAUAUUCUGCCCUGAAUACAUUUUUGUCCCUUAAUUUAUAAUCUCAUGUUUGUGUUUAUGGCCUCAGUAAUUUUUCAUUCACCUUCACUCAAGAAAGUACGGAAGUGCAUUGCAUUCGCUAAAGAAAUUUAAAAGUAUCUCAUAAUGUGGGUUAGUAAGUCAAGCUAUCACUAAACUGUCUCGUAAUUAUUAGGAAAGAUGUCAUACAUUUCCAAACUCGUAAUUUUAAGAAAUCAGUUGGCAUGAGUUGGCCUCAGGACUUGUGAAUCAUCUGGUUUUACGAUAUCUUCCACAUCAGAUAAAUUCACAGGAAGCUGUCAGUACAUAGUGUGCUACAUAAGGAAGAGAAUUGCUAUUCAAUCUUGUUUUCAUCAAAAAACACAAUGAUUAAUUACCUUUGAGUCAUUUCCCUAAUUACGAGACCAGCUUCUCGUAAUCAUGGAAUCUUUUCAUGUAAUUAUCAGAUAGUAAAUCAUAAUACGAUAAACAGUAGCCAUAGUUACAAGAAAACGUCACCAACAUGUUUUUCUUACCUGAAUGCAAUUCACUUCUGUAAGAAAGAAGAACAUUCAAUUUGAACACUGUAGACGUGAGUUCAGAGGUGUAAAAAGAUGUGGAAGUUGUCAGGACAUAGCUUGAUAUUGUGGAAAUGAUAUGCUUAUUCACUAUUUUUGGUUUGAUGACAGAACAGACUUGUGAAACAUAUUGAAUCUAAUGCAAUCUCCACAAGCUCAGCAGAUAAGGAUCAUUAUCAGAAGCUAAUUAAAAGAACAUGCCUGUGGCGAUAUAUCCAAGCAGGUGUGAACCAAAAUAUUUGAGGUGUUUUAAUAGACUUUCCACUGCAGAUAUUUUGACUUGUCAUAGCAGAAACAGCACGAGUGUGACGAACACUGGUAACAAUCCAAAAAAUAAAUUCAACUUUCCGCUGAAUUAAAGUGGUUCAGCUCGGCUCUCAAACCAGACAUAUAUCACCAUUCAAGUUAUACAUCCAGCUGUUACAGAGCAACAUCACCAUUUGGAGUCGUGGCCAAAUGGCAAAUGCUGGUCCAACAUUACCGCUCUUUUAGCUCUGUUUUUGGUCUCCACCAAGUCCUUAGAGAAAUAUAAUGCUAUGAGAGUGAUGACAAUGAAGCUCAUUGAAGCUGCGGGUAAAUUUACAUUCAUGUGACAAUUGUGUUCAUCCCUCGAAGCGACCCCUUUCAGAUUAUAAGUUCUUUUCAACUAUUAUAAAAACAUCGAUCAGACCCGCUUUGAGUUUAAAGCUAGCGUUAAUCUGGCCAGCAGAGCAAACGUUCGGAUCAUCUCUCGGACAUCUCACGUGAGGACUUUGAAUACACAGAUGUCACAGAACAACCGAAAGUCUGUUGUUGAGCCUCAGACAGUCUGAAUUACCGAGGACCAAAAUACUUGAAAAGAUGAUUGGAAAGCCGCUUGAUUAAUAUCGUUAAUUUCUCCUGAAAAUGUCCAGCUGUGACAUGGCAAACAUCUGUCCAUGUUGUGUUUGUCAAUGUGUCCAAAGAACAAUUCAUCAAUUUUAAUAACAGAAAAUAUUUAUUUGUCUUAAGUUGUAUCUUUUUUCUUUCCCCACAUGUCCAAACUAUAUCUACAAUGAUAAUGUUAAUGCUGUGGGUAUAUGUGUAGGACGGGUAGAUACCUUCUGUGAGAAUAUGUGCAAUGAAAAAGAAAAUACAAAUCUUCGCCCGGUCAUCAGAGAUACUGGACAGCUAUCAACAGAGCUGGCAGUAAAACCUGGGGCAACGCAGCUUAUUAUGUUGCAGUGCUACGAAGUGUCGAGUUUCCCACCUGUGAGUGUGUUUACCUGUGUUACGGCACGUAGCUAUGCGUGUGGGAUUUCCAUUUCGCUGGCAGGUACAGACAUUUCUGUGGUUGGACAGAGUAGAAUCAGGCCUGCACACAGCACAACAGGGUUUCACUGGCUCAUGUUUUCAUCCUCACAGUGUGUGUGGUAGUUGUGGUCAUGAUAUCGAUGAUGCUUUGAAACAACAUGGGAUUUAAGUGGUUGACCUCAAUUCAAUGGGAUGUCUUAAUGUCUGUGUAAAUGAUGUUAUUAAUCAUGACUGGUUAAAUGAUUAAAAUUGCCUGAUCUUUGA